AUGCAAUCUCCUUGUACUCUACUCGAAAUUGGUUCUCAGAACAAACGUCUUGCAUCAAUCUCAAACGACCAUAUUUACCCCUCUCCAAUUCUUACUCCACCAACCUCAAAUUCAUCUUCACCAUAUUCACAAUACCAUUCCUCCUUUGUCCUCUUUUCAGAGCAUCCAACUACCCAACCUCUCUCUCUCACCUCUCUCUUCUUAUCAUCCUUUGCACCCCACCAACAAUACUAUUGUCAUUCACCUCAAAACCCUUUUGAUUUCCUGAGCGUCGAACCUCCCAUCUCUCAAUCCAAUCUAGACAGCCUUUCCCUGGCUAACAGUUAUACAACAUCGCUUGACCACACCGCUCUCAACGAAUCAAAUCCAGAGCCAUUGUCUUUAAUAUCCACUCUAAACCACAACGGAAACAAUAAUUUCGAUGGCUCUAACCUUAUAAACCCAAUCGACCAAAUCGACUCAGUAGACUCAGUAGAUCAAAUCGACCAAAUCGACCAAACCAAUCUAGACUAUUUUGGUACAUCGAUCAAUGGAUACCACUCUUUUUGUCAACAUUCGUCAUAUUCAGGCUUGACAACAAAUUCAUUCCAAAAUCAAAAGGCAUACCUUUCAAUUGGCCAGUCACCUACACUUACAUCUAUAACUAGUGUUAGUGCUAGUGCUAGUUCUAGUUCUAGUGUUAGAGUUGAAGCUACACCCACCCAUACCAUUCCAACCAAAACACGUAAAUCUCGAUUUAGCAGCGGUGAACCAAACUCACGAUUCUUUGUGUGUUACACCGAUGGAUGUGGCAGGGUAUUCAAGAGGUCAGAGCACCUCAAGCGUCAUAUUAGGUCGAUCCACACUUUAGAAAGACCCUAUGAAUGUCCUUACGAUCUGUGCAGUAAACGAUUUGCAAGAUCGGAUAAUCUCAGUCAACACAUUCGUGUUCAUAGAACAAGUAAAAAGGCUUUGAUUCGUAUGCAACAUACUGCAGUGGAACAUUUACCAUGA